AGAAGCAGCUGAUUGCAUCUGCAUUGCUACACGUGCGUCAAUUUAAAUCGUAAACAAAUAACAAAUAAUGGUGGAACUUGAGGGCUACACAGUGGUUCCCCUACGCACGUCGCCCGAUGCCAAACACUGCCACAGCGUCUACAUGCGGGAGCACUUCAUCCGGCUGAUGGACCCUAACAAACCCAAAGGCCGCACGCUAUUCCUGCUUAAUGUUCCGCCCUACGUGACAGAGGAGAGCCUGAGGACGGUCUUAAGCCAGGUGGGAACCAUUGAGGUCGUAGAGUUCGCCGUUAAGCCUGGAAAAGAUGAGACCAUCAAGUGGUACGAAGGAACCAGCGAACCCAUCUCUGCUAGACGUCCGCCCUUCUGUUUCAAGGUAGCCUAUGUGGUCUUCCAGAAGAGUAGCAGCAUUGCCAAGGCGUUGAGCUUGAAGAGCAUCGAUCUGUUCAACAGCAGCGGCGAGUGCAUCAUCAAGACCGGCAUGGAGCUGUGGCACGAGGAGUACGAGAACAAUUACCUCCUGGACCCGCAGAAGACGAAAAAGCUAAUCCGCAAGUAUAUGUCCGGGUACGACAAAAGGGAGCGGGCUGCUGCAGAGGCAGCCAAAACGAGUGAGGCUGAUGCCGACGGAUGGGUCACAGUGGGCAAAGAGGGCCGCAAUGCCGGCUUUGAGCAGAAGGAAUCAGUGGUCGGUAGACUGGAAAACAGAAUGGCAAAAGACAAGAAGACUAAGGAACUGACCAAUUUCUACACUUUCCAAAUACGAGAGAGCAAAAUGCAAAACAUCGUCGAGAUGCGCAAAAAGUUCGAGGAGGACAAACGGAAAAUCGAGCUGCUCAAGCAAUCGCGUCGCUUCAAACCAUUUUAGCUUUAAGAGAUAAAAAAUAAAACGUCCUUUAGUUUACCCCAAAA